AUUACUUCCGGGUCAAAUUUACUUCGAACUUCAGAAACCACAACAUUAGGCUGAAUCAGUUCGUAAAUUCCCUUAUGUUUGUCAGUAUUAUCUAUUUUAAGUAGUCGGUUUUAAGCGAACUACCUCCAGAGAUGGCAGGUUUACCACCCGGAGACCCGCAGCUCGUCUCAAUGAUCGUCAGUCAUCUGAAAACACAGGGUCUGUUUGACCAGUUCAGGAGAGACUGUCUAGCAGACGUUGACACAAAGCCAGCCUACUUGAACCUGAAACAAAGAGUGGACAACUUUGUCUCUAAUCAUCUUUCCAAUCACACUUGGAGCCCUCACUUGAACAAGAACCAGCUGAGGAACAACAUUAGACAGCUUGUGUUGCAGUCUGGAAUGCUGGAGCAGGGAGUGGACCGGAUUGUGGCCCAGGUUGUGGAUCCCAAAGUCAAUCAUAUCUUCAGGCCCCAGGUGGAGAGGGUGGUCCGUGAAUUUCUGUCACCUGGCAGCUGUUCCGAGGAACCACCCGUCCCUCCAGCAUCAACCGAAGACAAACCAGACAGCAGCAUUCCCGAGCAGGCCUCUUCCUCUGCUCCAGCCACCACUACAGCCAGCGAUGCCAUGUCCAUUCUGGACACCAUCACCUCUCUAAACCAGGAGGCAAGUGUUAGGGCUAGUUCAAGCACUGAGAAAGGACGGAAGGGCCAAAGUACAGAGGAACCCAUGCAGCUGGUGGAGGACAGUGAGCUAGACAUGAGUCUCAUUGAGGAGGGAGAGGAGCUCAAUGAUGUGAAGAUGCUGGAAGAGACAGAGGAGGAAAAGCUGGUAUCUGAGGUCCAGGGAUUAGAAGUGAAGACAGAAGACAGCCAAGAACACAUGGAAUCAGGUAAAGAAGGACUAAAAGAGGAUGUGAAGAUGGAAGAAGAGGAGUUGGGAGCUCAGGAACAGACUGAGGAGGAGAAAGAAAAGGCUGCUAACAAAACAGCUGGAAAAUCAUCAGAAGAUAAACAGGAUGAUGAGUUACAGAAAUCCACGAGUCAAGCCAAGCAGAAAGCCAGAGAGAGAAUAAAGGAAGAAUAUUCCUUGGAAGACUCUGAUCUGGAGGGACUGAGUGACAUCACAGUGAGCUCCGUCCACACCAGUGACCUCUCUUCUUUCGAGGGAGAAACUGAAGAUGAGGAGCCACUGUCUGAUUCUUCUGAAGAGGGGGAGCUUCCACCAGAUGAGCAAGGAGAAAAAGCAGAAAAGAGACAAGCCGGUGAAGAUGGAGAAGACGACAAAGAGCGAAAGCCUCGCCGAAAAGCCUACGUCCAUAAGCCCUUCCUCUACUCCCGUUACUAUAGCGACUCAGAUGAUGAAAUCACUGUGGAGGAACGGCGGAGAUCUGCGGCAAAGGAUAAAGAGGAAAGGUUGCUGAAGAGACAGCAGAACAGAGAGCGAAUGGAAGAGAAGCGCAAACAGAAAGCAGCACAAACUGAAGAACAUGACAAGAAAAAACAGAAGAGUGGGGAUUCAGCUGAACUUGAGGGCCCUAGAGCCAAAGAGGCUCGAAAAGAAAGGAAAGUUCUGGAGAAGAAGAUGGCUCUCAACAGGAAGAGGAAGUUAGACUCUAGGAAAGAGGGAGAUGUUUCCAGCAAGAAGAAAGGAGAUACAGGAGACGGAAUUAAGAAGGCUGAAGUGAAGUCGUCAGCCUCAAAGAUUCCACAGCAUAGGUUGAUAAGAAACAUGUCAGAAUCGGCACCAUCUGAUGAGAGACACAGGAGGAGGAGUGGGAGCAUCUCUGAGGAUUCUUCUGAUGCCAAAAAGCUGCCUGACAAAGCCCGGACACACUCCUUCAUCUUGGAUUUAGAACAAGGUUCCCAAGAAGCCCUCAAGCAACGCUCUGGAAAGUUUGAUCGUUUGAAGAGCAAAGAGCUUCACUCUAAAGAUCGCAAAGACAAAGAGCGUAGUUUGUCAGAUGAACGAAUUAAGCUCAAACAGAAACAGGAGAAGAAAUCUGAGCAUCAAGGAGAUAACUCUCAGCAGAAGGAAGGGGUCGCUGUUAAAGUCUCGUCUGAGGAGAAAGGUGAGAAGAAGCCCAAGAUCAAAAGUGAGAAGAAAAUGGAAACUACAAGAGAGGCAAAGCCAUCUGUCUCACAAACUGUUGCUGAUGAUGUGGUUCCUAAAGAUGUCACUGUGAAGAAAGUGAAGCCUCCAUCUGUGGAUGCUGGCAAAGCAGAAAAGGACAAAAGUAGGGAAAAGGAAAAAGAUAAGGAUAAGAUUAAAGAAAAGGAAAAGGCUAAAGGAGACAAAAGUUCUGCUAAAACUGAUUUUAAGCAGCUGCUCCGCCCAGACUCUGCAGGCUCCUCUGAGGAUCGGUCUGACUUGGAACCAGGUUCAGAUGGCAACAAAAAGAAAGAUAAACACUCCAAGGAACUCUUGAAAAGAUCAAAGAGCCACACUGAGGAAAAACCCAAAUCUAAACCGGAUAAUAAAGAUAGUGAAAGAGACAAGACCAAAGUUGAUGACACCCAGAAACCAAACAAAUCCAGCUGUGAAUCUGAGAAGGAUCCAAAAAGGGUCAAGGCAUCAGAGAAAGGAAAAAUGGAAAAAACAAAAUCCAAAUCCAAAGAGGAGACGAAGGCUCCAGCAGUGUCAAAGAUGGACAAGAAGUGUUUGGACGCUAAAGGUGCACCCACUGGCAAAGCUGAGAUGGUGAAGGAGAAGAAGAAAGAUGGAAAUGCAAAGGAACAGCGGAAAGAAGAAGCACCUCAUGAAAAAUCUGAGAAGAGCGCAAAAAAGAAGACGGACAAGAAGGAUAAAGUCCCAGAAAAGAAAGAUGACAGUCAAGAUGAGCAGAAAGCGUCCAGAGAAGACAAAAUGGAAAAGGUGGAGAAAUCCUCAAAGUCCUCAGUUUCCUCAGCGAGUGUUGACAUGGAGGAGCUGCCGAAGAGACAGUCGCUCCUCCCAGAUACGAGCACAGACUCCGACCCCGUCACCACCACCGUCACCACCUCUUUCUCAGACGACACUUGCGAUGCUUUGAGCGACAUCACUCCCGAACCUCCUGAGGGUGAAACAGAGUCGCAGCUCAGCGAGAUGCCAGCUGUACCCGCAGAAGCUGAUGCCCUGCUGACUCUGAUGGAUGUGUGCACAUCAGAAGACGCCAGACUCCCGCAGGUGAGCGGCCGAGAAGACACCACUGCUGAGAUGACGCUACAGGACGCAGAUAUGAAGAUGAAGGAGGCAGCUCUGACUCUGCUUUCCAUGGAUCCUGACAGCACAGUGUCUUCCAGCCUAAUCACCCACGUUACCGGUGAAGAACCAGCUGUCACUCAACCAAUGGAGAUGAGCACGACUGCUGAAGAAGUCCAACAUCCAACCAUGAAUGUGAACACAGAUGCAAACCCUGAGUCAACCUCACACGUCAUGUCACGAGAAACGCCAGAGCUUGUUGAUGAAAAAAACAACAAUGCAGAUGUGUCUGAAAAGGGAGAAGUGGAUGAACCAAAUGUUGAAAGUUCUACAUCACUUGCUCCACAGGACGAUAACGCUGCCUCCAGUGAAUGUCAGGCUCCUUUACAUGAGGAAGACAGGAGGCCAAAGGUUGUUGAGAACGUUACAACAGAAGCUGCAGAUGUUGUAGUAUCUGAAAUGGAAGAUAUCAGAGGAAACGCAGAGGAAAACUCAACACCUGCUAUUUCUGAGUCAUUUCCCAUUGAAGCAUCAGACAUUCCCACUGAAGAGCAAACAGAGACCAGUGUUGCAAAUACAAAGACAAGCCCCGAGGCAGAAGAAGUGAUCCAUGAGGACAAUCAGGCCAAGAUGGACUUAAAGGAAAGUGAAAAUGAGAAACAAGAUGAGGAAAAUGUCAUAACAGAGCAAAGCAAUCCACAAACUAUGUACUCUGACACUUUGCAGAAGACGGAGGAGGUCAAACACUCAGCACCUGAACAUCAGUCCAAAUUAAUCAAACGGAUAAGUAAUGUCUCCAGUACUGAUAGCCAGGAGGACGAGAAAGGCUCAGACUUGUCAGAAAAAGAAGAGAAGAGUGGGGGAAGAGGAAGACGUAAACGAAAACUGUCCACUCAGAAGGUUUCAGAAUCAGGCGAUGGAAAAGAAAGUCAAGAGCAACCUGCAGAGAUACAGGAGGCUGAUCAGGAGAAGGCUGUGGAGGUCAAAACACCACGCAGGGGACGAUCAUCACGAACUACUGAAGAGGUAGAGAAGGAACCUGGAGAAUCAGAGAAGGUGGAGGAAACUCCAAUCCGCAGGGGACGACGUUCAGGAGCUGCAACGAAGGACACCACUGAUGAUAAUCAGAAUAAAGAUGAAAACAAAGAUAAAGAGGAGACAACAUCAUGUGGUAAACUGACAGAGAAAAAGAAAGAGAAAACUGGAGAAGAAAGUGAACCGGUUGGUCUGUCGCCCUCUGCUGCACAGGAUACUGAAGGUGCAGGAAGCUCAGACUCCAAAGAGACAGCAGAUGCUUGUAAACCUUCAGUCAAGAGGAAGUGGUCAGAGGAAAUGGAAGAAUCUGCAGAGGAAACGCCUGCUGAAGAGGAGCCAAAGCAGGAUAACACACAGGAAAUAACUGAACAGAUUCCUGACAAAGACAGCGUCCCUUCACCUUCAGUGAAUAAGUCAGAGGAUAAAGAGGACGUCAAAGAGGAGAGCAGCAGUGAGAAAAAACAAGACGAUGCUGAUGAGGAGCAGCAGGAGGAAGACCAGGGAACAACAAAAAAACCUGCUCGGAGGGGAAGACCCUCAAAGACAGCCACCGCCACAGAGGAUUCAGAUAAAAAGGACAAAAAGGCAGAAGAUAAAGAAACUGAGCAAAAUGAAGAGGAGGAUGAUGAUGGUGAGGAAGAGGAAAAAGGAACUGCGACCAGAGCCACGACACGUUUAGCAUCUCGUUUAGAGGCAGAAAGAAACAAGCCAAGUAAACCUUCCACCCGGGCAAGUCGACAGAACGGUAAAGAGGAGACCGCAGCUGGCACACGCGGGACGAGGGGCCAGGCAGCAGCGGGGAAGGGGGGCCGUAAACGGGAGGCCAGCCCCCCUGCGGUGCGGACGCGGGGAGGACAGAAAUCAGAGGAGCCCCCUUCCAAGAGAGGCAAACGUUAAAAAUCUCUGACAGUGGAGCAGCGGUUUGCUCCAACACUGUUUUUUCUGCACUUCAUAUUCAAGUGAGAAGCCCACAUUAUAAUUGUCAGAGGUCAAAAAGCCUCCAAAGUUAAGUUAGCAUGUAGAGUCGUUUCUGCUUCAUUGACUGGAAAUAUUGGAAAGCUCUGGAUAGUGUUAUACACUUAAGUUGAAUCUAAACUUGAGGAUCUGAGCAGGAAUCCCUCGGAAUACCUUCUACUGCACUACGCCCAUAUGGUUCAAAUCAGACUUCAUCAUUCCUUCAUUUUUGCAGUAAUGCCCGGUGAACAGAGGAUUUCAGGUCAAUCAAAGGACUAAUGUGUGGUGGAGUCGUGCUUUUAGAUAAAGAGGGUGAACUCAAAUUAGCUGCCAGUCAGUCAAAGGUUACUGUAUCGUAUCUCGGUGCUCUAGAGACUGUUUCACCCCUGAUACUCCUUCAGAUGUUCUGCUGUUUCUGAUUUGUAAAUUGACACACUUGUACAUAGGAGUCACAGUGAAGCGUUUCGGUUUCAUUGUAGAUUUUAAGAUUCGGUAUUCAUUCUGUGAAUGAAAAGAGGCAUUUACCUCCAUACCUUGUUUUUUUUUGUUUUUGUUUUUUACAUUUUUGUUUUUAAUACUUUAAAUGUACCCUUUUGUCAAAUAGCAGUAUUGGUGAGCACAUGAGCAGCGUCUUUCCUUAUGAUGUACUGUGCUGUUUUUAUAGUCUAAACUAAGAUAAUAUAGUUCUUUUUUUAGAGUUAAUGUCUGUAAAUUACUUAAACUUUGUUAUCCAUCUGUCAGUGGAAAGACAUUUGUUCCAUAAAUGCAAAUAUUCUUAA